AUGAAAUUAAUAUUGAUAAUAUUCAUUCUAACUUUCGUUUCUGCCGUGGUAGAAUUAGGCGUUUCGGCUAAUUUCUUCCACGACAUUGAAGAAUCCAUAAAAAGUGAUAAUAAAUAUAAAGAAAUCAACGAAAAGUCAUCCAACGAUAUUGAUAAAGAAUUGGCGCAUGAUGUCUUCAAUCAAGCUUUUCAAUUUAACAAAGUACCCGAUGCUCGUGUACCAGAAAUUGUGAGCCAAUAUGGAUACCCGUUGGAAAGCUAUUACAUCACGACCAAAGAUGGUUACAUCCUUAAUAUAUUCAGAAUGCCUUAUGGAAAAACUGGAAGAAGAGAAGGGAAAGUGGUGUUGUUACAGCAUGGUCUCUUUUUAGCUGCCAGUGAUUACGUGCUUUUUGGACCCCAACAAGGUUUAGCUUAUAUACUAGCUGAUAAUGGUUACGAUGUUUGGAUGAUGAAUUGCAGAGGAAAUAUUUAUUCAAGAAACCACACGACUUUUGAUCCAGAUAAGGAUAAAGAAUUUUGGAUGUACAGUUGGCACGAAAUAGGCAUUUAUGAUAUACCUGCAACUAUUGAUUUCGUUCUUGCCAAAACCGGAAAUGAAAGUUUGUAUCACAUUGGACAUUCUCAAGGUACCACAGCGUUUUAUGUAAUGGCGUCAAUAAAACAGAAUUAUAACGAUAAAAUAAAACAUCAUAUAAGUUUAGGACCAACUGCGUUUAUGAAACACUUGUACAGUCCUAUAAUGAGACUAAUAGCUCCAACUUCGGCUCUCACGGUUGCAAGUUUGGAACAGCUUGGUCAAUAUGAAUUUAUGCCUACUAAAGGAUUGAUGAGGGAUAUAUCGUCGGGAAUGUGUUCAGAAAGUGUGGGAACGGUAGUUUGCAAGAACUUCAUGUUUCUAUUAGCCGGCUACAGCCCCCAUCAAAUCAAUGCUUCAGCAAUUCCUCUAAUCGCAGGCCAUUAUCCAGCUGGUGCAUCUACAAGACAAGUGAUGCACUACUGCCAAGAAUACAAUUCUGGAAAAUUCGCUCAAUACGAUUUCGGUUUAAUGAAGAACCUCGUGACUUAUCUAAGUCCGACUCCUCCAGAUUACGACUUAUCUGAAAUUUCUACCCCUAUCUCACUUAUAUACAGUUCUAACGAUUGGUUGUCCGCUACAGUUGAUGUAGAUAAACUAGCGGAAAGGUUACCGAAUCUUCAAAUUAAAUAUUUGGUACCAAUUCCUACUUGGAAUCAUUUGGAUUUCGUAUUUGGAAAUGACGCUCCCUCAGUUAUAUACACGAAGAUAUUGGAAAUACUUUCCACCUUCUAA